AUGGUCUUUGGUCCAAAUAUGGAUAUUUUAAAGACCUACGCUCGCAAGGACAAACUCGUGGUCAUCAUGGGAGCCACCGGUACCGGCAAGUCGCGACUCUCCGUCGACCUAGCCACUCGUUUCUCAGGAGAGAUCAUAAAUACCGACAAGAUGCAAGUCUACCGAGGUCUCGACAUUGUAAGCAACAAGAUUACGUCCGAGGAAAAACGCGGCGUCCGUCAUCAUCUCCUCAGCUUCCUUUCGCCUGGAGCCGACUACUUCACCACCGCGGAUUUCUGCGACAUGGCGAGUCACUCCAUCGAAACCAUUACCGACCGUGGAAAGCUUCCAAUCGUCGUUGGCGGUUCAAACUCUUUCUUGGAGGAUCUCCUGGUCGGGUCGAGAUACGAAUGUUGUUUUCUAUGGGUCGACGUGGCAGUUCCUUUUUUACGCGGUGUUGUGUCUGAGAGGGUUGAUAAGAUGGUGGCGAAUGGAAUGGUUGAGGAAGUUAGAGAACUGUUCAACUUUUCUGAUUCAAUGAACUACUCGGAAGGGAUCAAGAACGCAAUUGGGAUUUCAGAGUUCGGCAGGUUUUUCAAGAACGAGCCCUUCUUAAAUGCGGGAGAGAGACAAAUGCUGUUUAGUGAAGUGGUGGAAGAAAUAAAGAGGAACACCUUUGGAUUAGCCUGUCGACAAAGAGAAAAGAUCCAACGGUUGAAAAAUGUGAACAAGUGGUGCGUCCAGAGAUUGGAUACAACUCCGGUGAUCACAACGCGGAGGUGGAAGGCGGAUGCUGACGCGGCGUGGGAGAAUCUGGUGGCAGGGCCAAGCACCAUUUCUGUGUCGCGGUUUCUGCAAGGACACUGCUAAGUGCUAACCGUGAACCGUCUCUCGUUGGUGA